UGGAGGCCUGCCCUGAGAGGGAGGGGACAGAGGAGGAGUUGGUGGUUUCCAGAAGGUUCCAAAGGGACAACCUGCCAAUCCGGGCAGCCCCCAAGCAUUUCCCGGGACUCACGGUCUGUGGAGGCCCCGAAGACCAGGAGGUGCCAGGCACGCGGAGUGCCCGGGGGGCUUCGUCCCCAUUUGUCCCCGACCUGCUCCAACACGUGUCGCGCGCCCCUUGCAGCCCGCGCGCACCCGGGCCAUGCGCACGGGAAUGCGCGGCGGGGACGCGCACGGCGGAGCCCGGGAGGCGGCGGUGGCGGCGGUGGCGGCGGCUCCAGGCGGCUCCGAGCGGCCCCCGCGCCCUGUCCGAGGCGGAGCCGCCCAGGGCUGUCAUUCCAGGGCACUCCUGAGUCACUAUCGACUCACCAGGUGUCCUGGACGAUGCUGGAGUGGCCCUAGGCCCAGACCCUACACCAUGACCUGCUGGCUGCCUGUGUUGGGCCUGCACCUGCUGCUGCUGCCCAUGGUGCCUCCCCUGGCCGCUGGCUGCCCAGCGCGCUGUGAAUGCUCUGCGUCCACCCGCACAGUGGCCUGUGGACGCCGCCGGCUGACCGCCAUUCCCGAGGGCAUUCCGGCUGAGACACGUCUGCUGGAGCUCAACCGCAACCGCAUCCGCUGCUUGAACCCCGGGGACCUGGCGUCAUUGCCCACCCUGGAGGAGUUGGACCUCAACCACAAUGUGAUCGCCCAUGUGGAGCCUGGGGCCUUUGCCAACCUGCCUCGCCUGCGCAUCCUGCGUCUCCGUGGCAACCAGCUGAAGCUCAUUCCACCUGGUGUGUUUACGCACCUGGACAGCCUCACGCUGCUGGACCUGAGCGAGAACAAGCUGGUCAUCCUGUUGGAUUUCAGCUUCCAGGACCUGCGUAGCCUACGGAGGCUGGAGGUGGGUGACAAUGACCUGGUGUUCAUCUCCCGCAGGGCUUUUGCUGGGCUGCUGGGGCUGGCUGAGCUCACCCUGGAGCGCUGCAACCUCACGUCGCUGUCUCCCGAGUCGCUGGGCCACCUGCGGGGCCUGGGCACACUGCGUCUGCGCCACCUGGCCAUCGCUGCGCUGGAGGAUCAGAACUUCCAGAAGCUUCCAGGUCUCUCACAUCUGGAGAUCGACAACUGGCCGCUGCUGGAGGAGGUGGCCCCGGGCAGCCUUCGUGGGCUGAACCUCACAUCGCUGUCCAUCACACACACCAACAUCACGGCUGUGCCGGCCGCUGCGCUGCGACAGCAGGCUCACCUCACAUGCCUCAACCUGUCGCACAACCCCAUCAGCACGGUGCCCAGGGGUUCAUUCCGGGAUCUGGUGCGCCUGCGUGAGCUGCACCUAGCUGGGGCCCUGCUGGCUGUCAUAGAGCCCCAGGCCUUUGUGGGGCUGCGACAGAUUCGCCUGCUCAACCUCUCGGACAACCUGUUGUCCACAUUGGAGGAAAACACAUUCCAUUCGGUGAACACACUCGAGACGCUGCGCGUGGACGGCAACCCGCUGGCCUGCGACUGUCGCCUGCUGUGGAUUGUGCAGAGGCGAAAGACCCUGAACUUUGACGGCAGGCUCCCCGCCUGUGCCAGCCCUGCCGAGGUGCGUGGUGAUGCCCUGCACAACCUCCCGGACUCUGUGCUCUUUGAGUACUUUGUGUGUCGCAAGCCCAAGAUCCGGGAAAGGCGGCUGCAACAUGUGACUGCCACAGAGGGGGACGACGUGCGCUUUUUGUGUCGUGCUGAGGGCGAGCCCACGCCCACGGUGGCCUGGGUGACACCCCAGCACCAAAUGGUGACAGCUGCCAGCCGGGGCCGGGCACGCGUGCUGCCUGGGGGUACAUUGGCUGUCACAGACACGCGGCCCCAGGACAGUGGCACCUACACGUGCGUGGCCAGCAACGCCGGAGGUAAUGACACGUAUUUUGCCACCUUGACUGUCCAGCUGGCUGCCAACCGGACCCAGGGCGAUGGGCACAACGAGACCCAGGUGGGGGUCCGGUUCCCACUGGACCUCACCACCAUCUUGGUGUCUACUGCCAUGGGGUGCAUCACCUUCCUGGGCGUGGUCCUCUUCUGCUUCCUGCUGCUCUUUGUGUGGAGUCGCGGCCGUGGGCAGCACAAGAACAACUUCUCUGUAGAAUAUUCCUUCCGCAAGGUGGACGGUCCCGCAGCCACAGCGGGCCAGGGUGGCGCGCGCAAGUUUAACAUGAAGAUGAUCUGAGCUAGCCCCAUGGUGGGUUGGUGGGAGAACCUCUUGGACCUUCAUCCAGUCCCAGAUAAUUUCCACCUAUGCAUAUGUUUUACCCAGGGGCUAAGCAUGGCGACUGUAAGCCAGCUCACAGGCAGAACUUCAUUUUUGUAGACAUCUACAGGACUGUUUUUGAGCAGAUCACACCUUUUGCAGUUCCUGAAGUAUUUUCUAACAGU